GUCAAACUUCAUAGGCUUAUUUUUGAACAGGCCACCUCGCACCAUGCAACAAGGGAGAUUGAAGCCUAUGUUUACCGGGGAAACCUGACGCCUCUGGUGCGUGUCCUCAGGAUCCCGCGGCUCUGUGGAGGGAGGAGAGGUUGAGCUGAGCGGGGAAGCUUCACAUAAACAGAGCCCCGGCAGCGAGGUAAAAAACGCUCCAUACAAGACAGGCAAAGCGCACGUGGACAUCGAAACACACCAAAAUAACAGAUUCAUUUCCAUACGGACCUGAUAAAUUAGCUUCAGGAGGAGGGGGACCCAAAUCCGAGACGCACCGUUGAGUUUUGGUGCCGCGCGCUCAGGAGUGGUGAUGUGAUGUUAUCGAAGGGGGCGUGCGUCAACUCAGACAACUGGCACGCAGUCAGGUGCAGUCCACAGUGCGACUGUUGUGUCUGACAUGCAAACACCCGGCGUGGAUUCAAGCCAUCAGCAGAGCAGCUUAUCAGUACGAGACAUCAUGGUGGACACCCAGCACCUCUUGGCUUGGCCUGCCUUUGGCUUGAGUCCUGUAGAUCUCUCCGAGUUGGACUGUAGCUCCCACGGACUGGAGACGAAGCACAUGUCCACUCUAGACUACUCCUCCAUCUCCAGCUCCUCCUUGGCCUCCUCCUUGUCUCCUCCUCUCGUCUCCUCCGCUAUGACCUAUGAUCUAAGCCCGCCGCCACACAGUGAGGAGCCUCUGAGCAGCCUGGACUACAGCAGCAUGCACAGCUACAGGAGUGAGAUGGAGGCGCAUAGUACACAUAGUCUAAUAAAGUUGGAGCCUGAGUCCCCCCCUCUGCACAUAGACAGUCCGGUUUUCAAACUUCAGGACGAUACAGCGACCACGACCACCACAGCUUUAAACAUCGAGUGCAGAGUUUGUGGAGACAGAGCAUCAGGGUUUCACUACGGAGUCCACGCGUGUGAGGGCUGCAAGGGUUUCUUCAGACGCACAAUUCGGCUAAAGCUUGUGUACGAUCACUGUGACCUCCACUGUCGCAUUCACAAAAAGUCCAGGAACAAGUGUCAGUACUGCCGUUUCCAGAAGUGCCUCAAUGUCGGCAUGUCACACAACGCGAUCCGAUUUGGCCGGAUGCCCCAGGCGGAGAAGGAGAAGUUGUUGGCUGAGUUUUCGUCAGACGUGGAGCUUUUACAUCCAGAGGCGGCAGAUCUCCGAGCUUUGUCACGACAUCUGUACGAAGCAUAUCUCAAAUACUUCCCCCUCACCAAGGCCAAGGCCAGGGCCAUCCUCUCCGGAAAGACUGGGGACAACGUGCCUUUUGUCAUCCAUGAUAUGAAGUCUUUAUUAGAAGGAGAGCAGUUAAUCAACCUCCAAGUACCAACCCUGGAUCAGCAGCCACAGACCUCCAUAAAUACUAAUGGAUUCAGUGGGCUGACAGGUACCCCCCUGUCAGAUUACAGUAGUGUCCCUAGUGUCAUUGGGGCCAUGUGCAUGGACACAGCAGAGAUGAGAUUCUUCCACAGCUGUCAGUCCAGGUCGGCCGAGGCUGUGAGGGAAGUGACAGAGUUCGCAAAAAGCAUCCCAGGAUUCGUCGACCUGGACCUCAAUGACCAGGUGACGUUGCUGAAAUAUGGCGUGAUCGAGGUGCUGAUCAUCAUGAUGGCUCCUCUGAUGAACAAAGACGGGACCCUGAUUUCGUAUGGACACAUUUUCAUGACGCGAGAAUUCCUGAAGAGCCUGAGAAAGCCCUUCUGUCACAUGAUGGAGCCCAAGUUUGAGUUCUCCGUCAAGUUUAACAUGUUAGAGCUGGAUGACAGCGAUAUGGCCCUCUUCCUCGCUGUCAUCAUCCUCAGCGGAGACCGGCCGGGCCUGUUGAACGUGAAGCCCAUAGAACAGCUACAGGAGACAGUGCUGCAUUCUCUGGAGCUGCAGCUCAAAAUGAACCACCCCGAGUCCCUGCAGCUGUUUGCCAAACUGCUCCAGAAGAUGACUGACCUGCGCCAGAUCGUCACCGACCACGUGCACCUCAUCCAGCUCCUCAAGAAGAGCGAGGUGGACAUGUGUCUGCAUCCUCUGCUCCAGGAGAUAAUGAAGGACCUCUACUAGAGUCUUUGGCUGCGUUCACACACAUUAAAGUGCACGGUGUAACUUUUCUAGUUGGGGAUCUGCCAUCUGCUGUCACCAUAAAAAUGUUUUUAAUUUGCCUUGACUGUUCCACGGUAUAGCAUUAAAGUUAUUUUUCAUCUUGUAUGUAAAGAAUACCUUGAAAAACAUGCAUUCCUACUGUGAGCAAUAGUGAAUUCGCUUUUUUUUUCUGCCCCACUUGACCUGAAGAAAUGACUCGACCCUACCCAAAUCCGCACAUAUUAAAACAAAUGUGUCGUAUCUGGAGGGGUGUGCCUUGCGAAUGCGCAGUUUUGUUUGCGUAACUUGUUAAAUCAGUCUUCAUUUUACUAUUUACACUCAAGUGCACUGUUAAGGACCUGUUUGAAAUGGCCUACGCACUCACAGGAUAUAGUAGUCACAGAUGUAAGUAAGUUUUUUAUUUGUAUAGUGCUUUUCACAAACAUAUGUCACAAAGAUGUUUUUACACAGAAUUAUUAAUUCACUCCACACGUGGUGGUAAGCUACUAUUGAAGCCACAGCUGCGCUGGGGCAGACUGACGGAAGCAAGGCUGCCAAUCUGCUCCAUCAGCCCCUCUGACCACUGCCAUCUCUCAUGCACACACCAGUUUUAUACGAGGCAAUGUGGGUGAAGUGCCUUACCUAAGGACACAACAACAGUUUUUUCAACUGGCACCCCACUAGAAGCUUUUAGUGGAGUUUGGGAUUAAAGCACCUGGAUCGUGGAGCAUGGACCCUACCUGACGCAGCAUGUGCAUGCUGAGAAUGUCUGCGUCCAGGAGAGGAGCUUUGUUUUCGCACCGUGUUGGUGUGUGUGAUUCGUGCUUCAUUCACUCUGGAGUAUUGUUUGUGUAGUUUUAAUGCGUAACUAUAAAACUGUUCAUAACAUGCCAGCUCCGUGUUCACAGGAGACCAUGCACCUUUUGGCGUCUCUCUCUGUUUUCAUUUGGCGUUCAUUGUAUAAAGAUUAAAGGUGUCCUCUUUGUGCAGGUAACACAUGCAAACACGAAAACUCUAUGCCCUCAUUUGUUCAUCAGAGCUACAGAACAUGAUUUAGAUGAGGCUAUGAUGGGACCUGACCUACCUGCACCCACUUUACUUCUUCUUUUUGAGCCUGCCCCACCCCGCGGGACCCACGGGACCCAUGGGUUACAGGUCGACCUGCACAUCAGUUGUAAGCAGGGUCCCCUCUCCAUCAUCUGUAACUUCACUUGGUUGUGCCAUUUGCUUGUGUCUGCGGAGGUAGUUAUAAUCAGUGUCAUACUGUGGAACGUACUAUAAAAGGCACUAAUAUCCAUUUGGGGACAGCAGGUUUCUGUAACCAGAAAAGUUACAUAGUGCACCUGUGCAAAUUGGGUCUAAACUGGGACUUAACCUGGAAAUAAACCUGGACUAGAUCAUGACUAAACCACAGCUAGAACCUAGAACAAGUCCAAAACAAGUCAACAUCAAGACUAACAAACCAGGACUAGUGUGAACGCAGCUUUUUUCUAACAUACUGUAAGUGCGAUGGACAUGUUUUUAAAAUGGGACCAAAAGGGAGGAGAUCCGACUGACAUCUUGACUGAAGUAAAUUGAAUGAAAGGGAUUAAAGGAGGCAUCAAAUCAGUGACUUCAAGUGCAACAUUGAACAACAAGUACAUUACCAUCGGUGUGUUACAUACUUUUGAUAAACUGCAACUUUUAUAUUCCCUUAAUGCCAUGUUUGCUUGUGGGUUUUCGAAAAGAAAACCGAGAAAGGAUUUUUUACUUACUUUACUCAGCCAGUACCUUAUGGGGGUGGCAACUGUGUAUUGGUUAAGGAAUAAAAAACAAAUGUUGGUUGAUGCCCAUUACAAUUACAUACUGCUAUUGUGUCCUCGUGCAAGACACUGGACCCCCCCCCCCCCCUUAUUAAUCUGGUUACGACCAGAAGGGCAUUUUACAAAAAAAAAAAUCUGCCAAAUCACUAUGCAACUGUGUUGUUUUUAAUUUUUUUAUAUUCCUGUGGCAAAAAAAAAAAAAAGCAACUUGGUGUGAUUUUGUUAUAGGGAGUACACAAAAGAUUUAAAAAUUUAAGUGUAAGCAAGCCAUCCCUUACAAAUAACUACCAGGUUUGUCACAGUAUUUAACAAUAUUUUGCUUGAAAACCAUCACUAUUUUGUUCAUGUUGUUCUAAUUACUACAUCUAUGCAACUGGUUUGGAGUCUAAUAAAGACAUGGGGCUUUUUGAUUGGUUGUUCCAAAAAGGUGAAAAAUCAUGACUUUGCUUUAACUGUGAAUAUUAGACGCACAUGGCCGUGUGUGUUGUCUAAGCAGCUUGUGUCUACUGUAUGUUGCGUUACAAGUGUCAUAGAGAAACAUUAUAUUCGAUGUGCCUUAUUUGAACCCGGUGCACUGAAUGGCAGCAGAGACAGUUUAUCACAUAAUCUGCUCCCAUAACUAUCUGAUCAUAGCAUAUUUCUGAGUCACCUAAAACUGUGAGACGCACAUUACUGUAACAUGUUAUAAGCCAUAUUGUGCCUUGUGAAGAAUCUUAUAUUGUACACAUAUCAGGUAUAAUGUUAUAUUUUGUAUAGAUAAUCAUAACAAAGCAUUUAAAGAUUAUAAAGUGUUUGCUUAAUCUAUUUUAUGUGACAAAAAGGGAUUACUCAAAUGCAAUUGUAUGGAUAACUUGUGUUGUAAAUAAAAUAUUUUCUAACA